AUGAAAUCAUCUCUCGAGUGUGGAAAUGAUGAAUUAUUUUCAAUUUUUCAAUUUUUGGAUCCCCAAAGUAUUUUAAAUUCAUGUGUGAGAGUGAGUCAGAGGUGGAAACAAGUGGCUUGUUGCAAUGCAUUGUGGAAGUAUUUUUGUAAUUCUAUUUUGAUGAAUGAUGUGUUUGAAUGGAAUUUGGAAUUGGAACGUUGUAGGGAGAAGGCCCAUCCUCAUUCUUCCGAUCAUCAUGUUGAUGAAGUAUAUCAAUCAGAUAACAAUUCCGAUCAUGAUGGAAUUUGUAGAAAUGAAUAUUAUUGGUAUGACAUGUUUCGAGCCUUGUUCAGAAUACCAAUUGUUAAAUCAUUUACCAUUAUGGGAAAAGAGAAAAGCAUGCAAUAUAAAUGGAGCCAACUACAGGACUCUUUUGAUUUCCAUGUUAUACCUUUAGACCCAUUCAAUCUAGAGUACGCAAUUCAAGAUUGUUCCGAAGAUUACCAAAAUGAAGACGAACAAGCGGCUUGGUUUAGCGAAUACGCACAACGUAAGAGAGUCCUUCAAUAUGGUUGGAAAUACAUGUAUGCAAAAAUUGCAACACUAUUAUCGAUUUUAAGUAGUGGUUCUCAUUGCACUCCAAAUCCAUGGAAUGAUAAGCUCAUUCUUUCUUCAUUUGAAUAUGAUGACAAUGACAAAACUUGGCAAGUGAAAAAAUCAACAACCAUUUCGGUUGCUGCAUUUUGUAUUUCACAACUGUUUCCUGAAUCAGGAACAAAGAAGUUGAGGGACCUAAUGUCCAUUUCGUUAAAUGACACAAGGGAUUGUCGAAUGUCAAUAUCGCCCAAUAUUGAAGAUUCAAGUCAUGCGAAGCCAUUUUGCUUUUUUGAAUACAUGGAUGAAUAUUUUUCAGAGAAUACCUCUUCUGAGCAGGAAGGUGACAGAAUAGAGCUUGCAGAAAAUGAUACUUGUUCUAGUACGUGUGGUGACACUACUGUCACAAAAACAACGUAUUGCUGGUAUGAUUAUUUGGACGAUCGAUACGAGCAUUUCUUGUGGCUUCCUAUGUUAUUCAAUGCCGGUGGUUGUGUGAGAACGUAUACAUAUAAGGCCAUCUAUUUAGAGCAAAAUUUGAUGAGAGUCGAGAGGUAUUAUGAGUUGGAAUAUUAA